GCACGGGGUUGACAAACAGUGUAGGUAUACACCCUACGCUUUGGUGCCUUGCGCCUAUGUACGUACGUGCACGAACCUAUGUGACCGUAAAGCUAAAAGUUUUGCGUAAAAUUUAACGUACCGAGAGUAAUUGAUGUCGUUUGGCGAAGAGGAUGAAAAUUAAAAAAAUUUAAUAUAUCCCCGUUAUUACACGUCCUGUAGCGGGGAGUUGAAAAAUUCAAAAUAUUAUUCGGGCGAACACCUGGAGCGUGAGCUUUCAAAUUUCGAUUUCGUCAAGGUGUCGCGUUCCGUAGCGGCCACUCUCAAUCUCAGAACCGGUACCGGGUUAUCAGAAUUUAUCUUCGCGCAGGCUAUAAAAACCUCCGUUGGAGACAUAAACGAACCUCUGUUGCAACUCGGAACUUUGCUUUUUUUCAUUUUUCAUUUUAUUUCAGUUUGUUUUUGUGUUCCUGAUUUUUCCAAACUUUGCUCCGCUUUCUUUUCUACUCUUUUCUCAUCCCUUCGCCCCUCUGUAAACUGCAGUCCUCGGAUAGAAAUAUUACGACAAUGAAAGACGUUUACUAUGCGGUACCAACAACGUGCGCAUUACAUCUAAAUACUUUAUACGACGUAUCGCUUUAUACCAUAUAAGUACGUUUAACAACGUAGAUUAUACGUUUCGUUUCAUCUCGAUCCGCGCAGACGGGUUUUGAUGUUGUCUGACGUCAGAGAAUGAGGGUGGCAUGGUUGUUACUAUGCUGUUUACUGCUCGAGGACCAUAACUUGGAUUUUGGGUUCGCGGGUUCCAACAACGUCAAGGACCUACAUACCGUUCCAUAUGCAACGAACGAAGCACUCGACGACAACGAUUUGCCAGGAUUCACCGGACCGAUCGAAAACGUGACAGUUGCGAGCGGUAAAGAAGCCAUUUUAUCCUGCACCGUAAAAAAGCUGGGAAAUUACGAGGUUGCCUGGCUAAAACAAAAAGAUGGAACAGUGUUGUCGGUGGGUCAACGUAUCAUUACUCAUUCGGCCCGAUAUUUCAUAUCCCUUGAGAACAGCAAGAUAAAAAAUCAAACGAAGUGGCGAAAAGAAGAGGAAACUACCUGGCGGUUGCACAUCAAGAUGUUAAAGGAAGCUGACAAGGGUUGCUACAUGUGCCAGCUAAACACGAAACCCAUGUUAAGUCAACUAGUCUGCGUCGACGUGUUAGUGGCGCCGGAUAUUCUGACUUCUGGCACUUCGGAAGGCGAAGUAUCAGUCUCUGAGGGGGACAACGCUACUCUGUCUUGCAAGGCUUCCGGGCGACCUACGCCCAAAGUACUCUGGCGGAGCGAAAAAAAUAAAAAUAUGUUGGUGAGAGGGUUGCACGAACAAUUGGAGCAAGUGGACAGCUUAUCCGGGGAACGACUGGAGCUGAAUAGAGUAGACAGAAAGCAAAUGGGCGCUUAUCUUUGCAUAGCAAGCAACGAAGUUCCCCCAGGAGUGAGCAAAAGGGUGUACCUUAGAGUGAACUUCCCGCCAAGCGCUACGGUUCCAGAUCAACUCUUAGGCUCUCCUAUUGGCACCGAUGUUACACUUCGAUGCUUGACCGAAGCAUUUCCGAAAACAAUUAAUUUUUGGAGAAGGGACGGCGUAGUAAUUAUGCACGGCGGAAAGUACGAAAUAAAGGAAGAAAAGAAUGUCGAGGAAGAAUGGAAAACAACGAUCGAAUUGAAGAUUAAAGGCUUGGAGAAGGCUGAUUUGGGCGAAUACACUUGCUCGGCUACGUCGAGCAUGGGUAAAGCGGAAGCCACCCUCAGACUAUACGAAAUAGAAAGAGCUACUGUGCCAACUCAGUCAACGUCGUCGACUUGGAAAAGGGUUGGAAAAACUAAGUCUAAAUUAUCACAGAUAUCAACGCUACAUAAUCACGUCUAUUACCAGCUGAGCACACCAGCUAUGCAAAAAAGUACAUCACGAUUGGUGUACAACAGACAAACAACGACGACUAUGGAUCCUCGCGUACCGUUGACAAGAGAUAACGCUUACCAAAACAAUGACUUACGAAAUCCACGAAAUUCAGCUACUCUGAACUACAUAAAAGUACACAGAGUAUUUUUGAUUUUAUGUAUUUUCAACGUGACUUUAUUUCCCACUCUUUGAUAUGGUCAACGUUUUAAAAUAACGUUUUUGAUAGAAGAAAUUGAUAUUAGUCGUCGUCGUCAAUACUUCCGUGUUUUGUUGCAAGAAUUUUCUCAUCUUUUUUUUUUGUAUUUUCUUGCUCGUGAUAUAUCGCAACUCCUCAAUAUGUAUCAAUUAACUUGUUUUGACCGCAAUCCAAAAAAAUCUCAAUUACAUGGAAUUAUUCCUACACGAUCGAGUGUAUAGUAUUUGUUAUGAUUAUUAUCAUCGAAAUGUUGAAACGAAAUCAAUAAGAGAUGAUAAUUUGAUUUUAACAAAAGCGUGAAAAAAAAUUCAUCGUUGAAGAAUGAAUAAAAUCAUUAUUAUACAAAUAUGUAUAGGUAUAAUUUGAGGGGAAUCAUCGAUCUUCCAGUUGAUUCUGUAAUUGGUGAAUUGCCCUCUGCGAAUCGGAGAUUCGCUUAUAAUCAAACGCAGACAAAUAAUUAGCAUAUUAAUCUAGGUAUAGGUAAAUAAUUUUUAAAUUUACAAAAAAAAAAACAAAGAAAAAAAUGACAUAAAAAAUGGAAAAAAUAAAAAUGAAGAAAUAAUCAGUAACUCGACCUGGUGCUUUAUACGAAAGGCUUCGAUCAAGCUUACCGAGUUUAUCGAAAUACGUAACAUAAAUUAUUCAUCGAUGUAGUACACAUACAAUACAGUAUCAUUCAUCAUGGAUUAAUUUGAGAUAUAUGUGAGUAUUUUGUCAAACCCCCCCAUUAGUACGAACUUGAAACAAGUGACCCCGCAACUGUAUAACAAAUUAAUGUAUGUGUCUUGCAGUAUAUUUCCGUAUUAGGUAAUUAUGUAUCACGUACAAUUAGAAUAGCGAAUCAGUACUCGAGAAAUUGAAUGACAAUUCGGUAGACCUAUGAACGCGACUAUUUUUGUAUUUAAGUUUUACCAAAUGAUACGUAAUAAUACUUUGAAUCAGUAAAAUGAAUUCACAUAAUGUCAUAAAUCAUAUGAAACCUACAUAUCUGCAUCGCAUUUAUGUCUCAAUUGUAUAGUGUCCGAAGUAAAGUUGAUUGAACAUUCAUGUAGGAUUUCGGAAAAGCGAAAAACCCAUUUCAUUAAAAGAUACAAACAUUAAUUUCUUUAGGUAAUCGUUACCUAUUUGUUACAGGCGACACAAUAAUUGUGACACAAUAAGAGUGUAGCUACAAUAAAUGUAAAAAAUAUAUCAUCUGGUAACAUAUCGCUAUGAAUAUAUGACAUAUAUUAUACGUUAUAUGUUUACGCAAAGGAAUUAAAAAAAAAAAAUUUUAUCACUAUAGGUAUUUAGAAAGAUUCAAUUUUAACGCGCAACAAGCUUUGCGGGGUAAAUGCAAUGAAUCGGUAAAAUUGAGCUUCUGAGUUAGCUAAACCAGCAAAAUAAUACUAC